AGGAGACAAGACUAGGCUUUGGGGAAGAAUUAAUCUUAGUAGAUUGUGAUGAAUGGGUGGAGUGUGAAAGCUCUCUCAGUCCUGUGGCAGUGUCAGGUUUAGGGGAAUGCUGUGAGGAGGAAGUAACUCCCAGAUCCCUGUGAUUGGUGGUAAUAACACAGUCCUUCCUGUUAGCUGAUUUACACCACGCCGUCCCUGCUCUGCUACUCCCCCCUCUCAGCUCAGUCGUUCUCAAGCUCUCAGGCUGGCUAGACUAAACUUGGCUAGACCUGCAAGCCAGUAAGAAAGUAUCACUGGAGCUCUCUCUCUCUGAGCUCUGCCAGAUAAGUUGCUGUAGUCACUAUUUGGCAUCUUUGAGGAGGAACAUUUGCUCUCAUUUCAUCGCCUACACCAGCAAGAGCCAACAUUGUGAUUGAUCAAUGUUUUGUUAUUGACUUCAUUAGAGUUUGAUGUCACUAGGCCCCAUUGACUGAUCGUGGAUGUCAUCCAAAUUAUUGUGAUCGAUUCAACGUGUCCGGGUACUAUAUCAUUCCCACUCCCUGUCUCAUAUCAGUUAAUUAUUCAGAGGAAGUUUGUUCGAGUUCUUUCCUCAAAAGUCAAAGUAUCUUUUCAUCAGAACUCUUGCUUAUUAUGAUGUCACUUUGUGAACGGAUCUAGCCCUUUCUAUCGGAUCAUAUAUACAGCGUGGUUGGUUUUUCCUUCCUGACUGGUAGAUUUCCUGGAACGCUGGGACUCAUACCACCACCUCCACUACAUCGAGAACUAGUACCGGUAUAACUUUCCCUUCUUGGACGAUACACUUCCAGUUUGGAGUUCAAGAGCGUUUAGAUCGCCCAGCUUUGCAAAGAGUGGAAAUAAACAAUCAGCGAACUGACAACUUCAUUCUUGGUAUUGCGAUCAUUCAGUUUAAGUUGGGUUUAUUUUUUUGGACACUGGCUUUGAUUGUCUGACCGUUUGAUGCUAAUGGUCAAUCAGAGUUUGGAUUCCUGCUGUCUUGGUGCUUCUAGCCCAGUUGAAUAGAACAGCUUGGGGUGUUGGUCCUGCUGCGCUAGUUGAUGGAUGGAAAGUGGUGGACUAGCUCUCAAGCCAUUUGGAGAAGCAAUUACAACUUCUUGGUCAAUUUUGGAAUACAAUUUGACCUUCUGUGGACUUUACUCAGCGAGACAGCGGGGCGAAGUGAAGGAAUUUGUUUACUCCUAGGGUGAUAGUUUUGAUGAAUAUCAUUCCUGGACGAAAAUUUGGUGUUGAGUUGGAGAAUAACGAAUGCUUUGUUUCCUAAUCUCAUCUGGAUUGUGCAUUGCAUUGUGCAAUUGAUGAAGGCAAUCAUCGCUUGGUAAUUGUUUUGAAAACUUGUGCUCAUAAUUUAUUGAUGAUUGUCACUGGGGUCGUGAGUAAGCGUGUAUUGAUCUAUUCAGCAGUCAGUUUUCCGCUCUGCAGUUAUCAUCACCUUAUUGUUUAAACGGAUGCAGAGAUUCAUCGGUAUGACUAUCAGGUCCCCAAAGCUAACCUCGUCAUUCAUCUCUGCAUAACUUCAAUGCAUCUUGGUAUGACAGCUUGUCCCGUCAUCUUUUCCUAAGCUUGACCCCACUUUCUCUUUGAUGUCCAGCAAAGCAUCUUAAUCACUGUCUGCGAUCAUUCCGAACGAUAAACUAAGACUCAUUGUCAGCAAACCCCAGUGGCUUAAUCCAUGCACCAACACAAGUCUCGGCUCCAUAAUAUCCAUAAAUAUUUGAUCUGAAGAUCAUCCCGGGAAGGUUCCGGGGGCCUCCGGUGAGGAAUAAGGAAAACAUUUUCCCAACACAUCUGUGUUUGCCAUCCAAUCUUGACUGACUCAGUCCCAUUACCGAACCUCAUUUACUUGCCGUGAUUGCGACGUCCCAACCCUCCUGAGCGAUCCUUUUACCAGAUACGUCCUAGUGGAGGGACUACUUCAAUAAAGUAGCAAAACACUCUCUCUCUAUCUCUUUUCCUCAUUCCCUUAUUUGGCUUGAUGAUCUAGCCCCCUCCCUUCGCUCCACCAAUUUUGAUAUUAUACCUCUACGCCUGCUGAUCUUGACAUGGAUUAUCGUAACGCUCUCUGAUUUGGGGAGGAGGCUGUUGAGAUUCAAACAAGACGCAAAGCAGGAGAAAUUUUGUCUGGAGGAACUAAGCCGAGGAUAUUUUUAGCAUUGGUCCUUGCCUUCUCGUGUCGAGAAACACAUGCACCCAUUUGGAUUAUUUCUGAUCGGUUUGUGAGAAUUAUCUUGUCAAAAUGCCGCCUGUAAUCGCUGCUAUUCCUGGACGUAGAUUCUCCUUGCGUAGAAGGAGGAGAGAGAUGGAGGGGCAGUUAUACUGCGAGGAACACACACCAAAGGAAAAGCCUCCGGUGAAUGGAGGCGUCGCUGUCAAGAAAAAUGACGAUGAAUUAGACUUCUUUGCGUUCCUAGAAAAGAUACAGAGUGAUAGAUUAGACGAACAGAGAUGUUCACUACCCGUGGUUCUCCAACCAUCUUUCAGCUCACCCUCACCAAAGCCAAAGGUCAAAGCAAAAAAGUCCAAUACAGACAAAAUCAAAGAGUUACUCAAGAGAGAGGGCCCCUACCCGUCCAUCGUCCAGCCCAUCGACCGGGGAUACUGGCUCGAUGGAACGAUCACCCUCAACGCAGAGGACACGAGAUCGGAGAAGGAUGUCGACACCAGUCUCGACGAGGAAGCCUGCAGUAUGGUCACGUCAUCGUCGCUCAACGGAAGUUUGUCGGCAGCCGGGGAUAUCUCGCCUUCACCGUCGUGUUCGUCCAUUCCGUUCCCGCUGCAACUGGAGUUUGACGACAGCAAUCAGAUGUACAGGAGAUAUUUCCUUGGAAAGGAGCACUUCAACUACUUUGCCCAAGAUGAAAACCUUGGUCCGUUGAUUCUGUCAGUGAAGCAUGAGACGAUAGGAGGGGAAGAUGCUUUAAGAGUGGUGCUCAGAUCUAAAGCCGGUACUAUCCACGAUGUCCUAGCCGUCUCAACGCUUGGAGACUCACCCAUUCCGGCCAGAAUCGCAAAGACACUGUGUGACCGUAUUACUACAGAAAGAUAUCAACCAGUACUUUUUCCAAAGGGUUCAGAGCUGAUUGUGAGCUACGAUGAACACUCCUUCGUCAAUAAGUUCAAGUUUGGGGUCGUCUACCAGUGCGUCAGCCAAUCAACAGAAGAGGAGAUGUUUGGUAACAGGAACUCAAGCCCCGCCCUUGAUGAAUUCCUAGAGAUGCUAGGAGAGAAGGUGGAGCUCAAAAAUUUCUCAGGUUUUCGAGGAGGUCUAGAUGUAAAUCAUGGCCAAACCGGCACGCAUUCCAUUUAUUGCAAGUACCACAAUAAUGAAAUCAUGUUCCAUGUCUCCACCAUGCUUCCGUACACAGAAGGAGACGCACAACAGCUUCAGAGGAAGAGACACAUCGGAAACGACAUCGUAGCUAUCAUCUUCCAGGAAGAGAACACACCGUUCAUACCUGAUACGAUCGCAUCCAACUUCCUACAUGCAUACAUCGUGGUACAAGCCAUCCAGGCCAACUCGGUGGAGACAAAGUAUAAGGUGACGAUAACAGCAAGGAACAACGUUCCACCGUUUGGGCCCAGCUUGCCAGCCCCUUCGAUCUACAAGAAAGGCUCUGAAUUGAAAGAGUUCCUGCUGUGCAAGCUACUCAAUGCUGAACACGCGUGCUACAAGGCUCAGAAGUUUGCCAGUAUCCAGGCAAGAACAAGAAGUGCUUUACUAGAUCAUCUCUACCAUGAUCUCAUGUCAAAGAAUGAAGACAUCUUCUGUGCUGUGGCAGGAGAUGACAUCAUCUCACCUCUGCAAUCCAGUCAGGGUAAGGGUGACUACUCACCGGGCGGGAACCGAACGCUUCUCAAGAGCUUCAAGAACGCCUUCAGAGGGCGCACAACAUCGCUAGAGAGCACGGGCUCGGGCUCGUCGGGCACGCUACCCAAGAACGUCAACGGCAACACGCUGUUUGUAGGCACGGAGGGGUUGCCAAGGGCGAGUACGGACCAGGUGGAUAGCACGAGCCCAGCUACGAAGCAGAGGUCGAACAGCAGGUCAUCCCAAAGAUCGGUCUCGAGCUUUGGAAGUGCAGACAAGAAAGAACCAAAGAAGAAGAGGGACAGCGUCCUGAGUCGAUCAUCACACUCAUCAGAGAGUAUCAACGGCAGCCAAGAGUCCCACAAGUCUUCCUCAAACUCCCUCAACAGUUCACCUGAUAUCAACGCAUCCUCACAACAACAAAGGAUAUACACCAGAGUAUCACCAAGUAACUCUUUGGAUAGCUUCAACAGUGAUGAAGAUGCCCAGCUCCACCAUCAUGACCCACAUGAUCACCAGGAUGAUUCAGAUACAGGAACGGGGAGUAUGUCAUCUAGUAACAAGCCCAGCCCUAUGAAUCCCUGUAUUUGCCCUGAAGGGAAAUGCUCAGCUGCAGCCGAGAUUGAAGCGAACCUCGGUCAGCAGCUAGAAGCCAUGAGAGAAGAGAUUAUGAGAUUGUCAAUGGAGAAGAAAGAACUUUUACAACAAAAUGUGGGUUGGCAACAGGACUUGAAGAAGCUGAAGGAGCGAGAGCUGAAGCAUAUGGCCGACCUGACGGUGGCAAACAAAGAGCUUCACAGAAUGAAAGAUCACCAUCGCAAGGUAGAGGACAGACUCCAGAAGUCCCUUUCAACGGACGCAUCCAAUUGCUGAGGAACAGGUUCUUCAGCUUAACCCUUUGCUUACAGAAACCUGGUGGUCCCUGUGUUAAGCCUAUGGGACUUAUACGAUUCAGUAGUCAACAGGUUAAGGACCAUUGCAGAAGAGCAGUAUCCUCAAAGCUCAAAGACAUAUUUCUUGAUCCUGAUGCGUCUCUGAAGAUGUGACAUCGGCAGCAUUGGGCAGUGGAAAAUCUUGAAGAUUUGAACAUUUGCAAUUGGAAAUGCAUCACAGACAAGAGUCCAUUGGGGAUCGAUGUGCAAGAAAAUCAUGCUGUCAUCCAAAAAGAUCACAGUUGGUGAGAGACAAGAAAGCGAUGACAGUUUGAAAGGUUUUUCAACGGUUAUGGAACCACUUCCGAUGCGUAGAUAACAGUUUUACAGCAGAUACCUUGUUUCUACAAAUAUCAAAGUUUGUUGGUGUGUAAUUGGCCACCCGUCGGGAUGCACUGACCUGACGUAGAGAGGGUGCAUAUUGAACAAAUAAGUGGCCAAAGUUGAUAAAAUUGAUUACCAUGAAGCCGGCUGGAAGCUUGGAUUGGAGUCUGCCUUGAAUGAGCAUGCCUUGAGGAACACGACUGAGAAGAUGAUGAAAAAGAACAAUUGACCUUUCGACUUGGUCUGUGUUAUUGAAGAAUUGUAAUAUGUUGUGGAAUCCAGAAGAGUGAAUUGAUGUUUUGCUGUGUGAUUUCAAUACAAGUGAAGGAUACAUUAAUGAUUUUUAGUCCUUGAAGAUAAUUUAUUGAAAUAAUGAUGAUUUGGGUGAUUGUAUGAAAUUUGUUACUUUUAUGGGUAAGCAAAUUACCUUGCUUGUUGAAGAACAGAUAUUCUCUUGCCAUAUUAAGUAAGUAGUUAUUGUAUGCCAUAUCGAUGGUAGCCAUCAAAACAUCACAAGGAAUCUAAAUUAUUGUGAUACAAAGUGCUACGGAGCGUGCGUCUGAAUAAUGGAUGGCUUCGUGGGUUUAUUUGUGAUAUGAUGUUGUACCAAAGAAUCUGACCACCUACCUGAGCUCAUCAAGUUUCUUUUCUUAGCUUCCUUUAGACAAGAUACAGCCCCGAGCUGCCCCGAAGAGGAAAAGGUGCGGCAGACUCCAAUUGGAUAAUUGUGGUGCGCAUCAGAGAUCGGUAUAGCACAGAUUUCAGCGUACCGGUAUGCAUAGGAGCUUAAGUUGUGCGCAGCUCUGUUCCUCCCACCAUUCGGCCAUUUAUUACUGGUACAUGUCAAAUGAUUUCAGAUUGCUGCAGCAGUUCUAGGGAAGGUGCUUUACUGCGUUACGUUUGAACGAUGCUUCACUGUUUAUUAGAUUAGGUAUUCUAAAUCUUCAAAACAAGCCAAGUCUGGUCAUGAAUGCUAUUCAGAUCUAGGAGCUGGACCAAGUACCAAAAAGUGGCACAGACGGUGCUAUUUUUGUCUUGUAACAUCAUAGUAGACGACUCCUUUGUGUGUCUAAUCAGUGUUCAGUUGGCCAUAUGACAGCAAAAUAUUCUAAACGUCAGAAUGAUUUUGUUUUGGUAUCAAUUCGGAUGCAUUCCUGUGCAUAUAACUUGCUGUGGGUUUCCAAACCCAUAUCUUUGUCUUAUCAUUUUUCAUCUUAUCUGUGGAUUGAUUUCAAAUUUCAAGCUAUCCAAGGUAUUUGGAAUACCAUCCAAAGUCCCGCUAUGAUCAAGUGUGUGAAUAAACUUUGAUAUCAAGAUAAUGGGUCUCUCUUUACACCAAGGUAUCUAGGGCUUAAUGAUUAAGGAAACAAUUGUGCUUGAGGUACUCUCAUGUACAGUCGAACCUGCUUUAGUGACCACCUGUCUACAAAGACCACAUUUUUUGUUUCCCUUGAAAAUGGUUUCUCAUUGAAACAUGUAAAAGGAACAUGUCUACAAAGGCCAUACAUUCUGUUACAAACAUAAUCCCUUGUAUAACGGUUUAUGAUAUGAUUGCAUCUUUAUAUAAACUAUACAUGUAUAUCUAAGUAAUCUGAUUUAGAAAAAAAAGUAAGUCUUAUUCCUAAUUCCUUCAUUACAUUGUAAAGCACUUAGAAAUGCUAUUAAACACUAUACAAAUUCUUUUGAGACUUUCCUAUUCAUAUUAAACUAUACAUGAAUGGAUUUAGGAGAAUGAUGAUCUUUCAUCUUAUCAUUAAAAAAAAACUUUCAAUUUUCAAUGCUUUCUCGAAAUUGCAGGGAAGAUUUUUUAACUUGGCGGGAAAAGUGAGAAACAAUCAAGAAAUGUUGAAUGUAUGACCAGUACAUACCUUGUGUGAAUUAUUUUUAUAGAAAGAUGAGAAGAAAAUUGAAACAAGCAUUGAUUGAUCGGAGAAAUUUCAGCCUUGGUCUCUAACUCCUUCUGCUUGUACAAUUUGAGAUAAUAAAGGUCUAUGUACAGAAUUGAUUAGAUUGUAAAUACAAUGAAAAUAUGUAAAGAAUAUUGUGAUAACUAAAUGCCAUAGGGUUCUUAUGUGGUAUAUGUACAAUUUCCAUGUUUUGUCUGGUUUUUGGUAUCUUGUUGAUUUGAGAUACGUUUUAAUACAUCAAGAAUGUUUAGUCAUAUUCUGUAAGAUAAAAAAAAGUUUCAGUUGGUUGUAAUAUGCAAUGUAAUAUAGGACAUCUUCUGACGGUAUAUAUAUUUAUCAUUAUCCUUGCCCUAUAUUAUUUUGUUUCAUUGUUUUUGUAAGUAUCUUAACCUUAUUUUGUUUUGUCAUCGAGACAGUGACUAGAGUGAGAAGUUUCAAUCAGGGAUUUAAAAUGGGAUAUUUUUCUCUCUCUCUCGCUUUCGAUUUUUAAUUGAAUGCAUGUGUAGAUAACUAUUUCUCCUAAUAUUCUCCACCAAGGCCAUUAUUUAUUAGAUGAUAUUUAUUGGUGACAUGUUUUUCAUUCAGUUAUAUAAGGAUGAGAAUACUAGAUGAGGAGAUGAAAAACAGUGAGUGGGGGAAAUCAUUCUUUUUGUAAUGUCGGGCAAGUCCCAGACAUUUUUAAUUAUUUAUUAUUGAAUGAGUGCAAUUGUUUCUUUAAAGAAUAGAGGGUUUUGAAUGAUUUUUGUUUUCCUUUGUACAGACAAUUUGUUUGCAAUAACUAUUAUUCAAUCUUUAUCAACCAAAAUUGCCACCCUUUUUUAUUUGCUAAAAAAUAAUGUUCAGAUAAGAACGGCAGUGAAAUGUUAUUUAUGUAAUUUUUUCCCUCAUAUAUAUUAAUUUGACCAAUAACCCUUCUAUUUCAACAAUGAUUAGACAAAGUUGGUCAUCUUGAAUGAGAAAAAAGAUAUCCAUUCUGUAUUAAUAAAGUUCAUUACAAUUAUCGUUGAACUUGCUUAACAGUUUCAUCUGUGAUACCUAUUUAUAGAAACAAAUAUCUGUUUACAAGAAUCAUUUGAUCUAAAUAAUGAUUUUCAUGUUGUAUGUCAUGACUAAAUAUCAAUACUUUAACACAAUUUUGAAGUAUUGUUGAUCUCUCCCCCUUAUGUUGUGUAAAUGUCUACUCUCAAAAAGUUACAAUCCAUAACCUACCAUCAACAAAAAAGCAAACAAAUGUGGUCAAUAACUAAACAAUAAUAUUCCAAAUCAUAACUUUGUUAUUUGUACAAGUAUGUGAGGACUGAUUAUUUCGGCAUCUUUUGAUUUGUUGUGUAAUUUUGUAAUCUAAAUAACUUACAAUCAACAACAAAAAAUGUAAAAGAAAGUGAUAAGUAACCUUGUAAUUCCAGAGACAUUAUUCUCUUUUUCUACCUUACCGGUGAUUACCAUUUAGAAGUAGAUGACUACUUAACCAUUCAAAAUGGGUGAGUUUAUUUUGUUUCAAAAUACCUUUUCACCAUUUUGACUUGUUUCAUUUUUAAAGUAACUUUUAAGUUUCAUAAACUUAAUCUGCUUGAGGAAAAUAUAAAUGUAGUUUUAUAGAAUCAUUUCAUAUGUCGGUAGAUACAUCUUGCGUAUCGAUUGUGAUGGUUGCUUACUUCCAUCAUAAUUAGAUGUAAGGGAUGGUAUUCAAAGCCCUCCUAGUACUGUGUUAUCAGAAAGCUCUAUCAUUAGCCUACAAAAAGUACAAAAGCUUUGGGGAUUUACGAAAGGAAGAUUAUAUGACAAGUGAUCCAAGUUUCCUGCAAUUAUGGGAUUUGAAUGGCUCAGCUCUUAUUCUAUGUAGGAAAACCAUGGUUACACCUUCUAGAACCCAACACCAGACCAACAAUAGACCAUAUAAAAAAUUACAUGUAAUGAAUAGCCAAGAUGUUGUCGGCUUGGAGUCGGUUUAGGAUCGGUUUGGUGUUGUUUUUUUUUGGUAAAGCUGUAAGAGAAACGUUAGUUCUCUUCUCACCCUCUAACAAACCAUCAAUCCCUCAUUCUGGUGUAAUAAUGUUUUUCACAAUCUUCCAUUCCAGCAAACUGAUUUGUCAACGCUAACUAUUCUCAACAAUUUUCAGUCUUUUUACUUUUUCAUGACAUUAUUUAAAUUUUCAUAAACUGAAAAAUGCUACACUCUUCUUAUCCAUCUUGAUGCUUAUGCUUUGAAACUCCGACUGUAAUAUUAACUUCUAGAACGUAGCUCAGAUGAAGUCAGACUUGCAGUGUUUUUUAAUAUUUUAGUUUUGUUCACAUAACGGUGCCUAGAUGAAGGCUGAAAUUAGUUUUUAUUUCUAAAGCACCUUUUUUGUCCUAGAAAUACAAUGUCCAUUUUGACUUUUUGAAAGUUCAAGAUUUCAUAGUUUUGUUAUUAUUUUCUCAAGUAAAUUUGGAAAUAAAAUAUAUGUCAUAUGCGCAAUA